AGCGGCUGCCGGACGCCUCGGGUGCCGGGGCGGGCGGACCAUGGAUCGUGCGGCGGGCGCCGUCCUCGGGAUGCUCUUUCUUUUGUCUGCUCGGCCGUGGAGCACGGCGGUGGCAGGGAGCCCUUAUAGCUGUGACGCCCCGCUGGCAUCCACCUUGCCUCGAGCGUCCUUCAGCAGCUCCUCGGAGCUGUCCAGCAGCCACGGCCCUGGGUUUGCAAGUCUUAAUCGCAGAGAUGGGGCUGGUGGCUGGUCUCCACGCGUGUCAGAUAAAUACCAGUGGCUGCAGAUUGACCUCGGAGAGAGAAUGGAGGUCACCGCUGUGGCCACCCAGGGAGGAUACGGGAGCUCUGACUGGGUGACCAGCUACGUCCUUAUGUUCAGUGAUGGCGGGAGGAACUGGAAGCUGUAUCGGCGAGAAGAAAGCAUCUCGGGUUUUCCAGGAAACACAAACGCAGACAGCGUGGUACAUUACAGACUCGAGCCUCCCUUCGAAGCCAGGUUCCUGCGCUUCCUCCCUGUAGCCUGGAACCCUAAGGGCAGGAUUGGGAUGCGGAUAGAAGUGUACGGAUGUGCAUACAGAUCUGAGGUGGUUAAUUUUGAUGGAAAGAGCUCCUUGAUAUACACAUUGAAUCAGAAGUCCGUGAGUCCAACAAAAGAUGUCAUUUCUUUGAAAUUUAAGACCAGGCAGACCGAUGGGAUUCUACUCCACCGAGAAGGACAAAAUGGCAAACACGUCACCCUGGAGUUAGUUAAAGGAAGACUCAUCUUAUCCCUUAAUUCAGGCCAUGCUAACCUGCCGUCCCCUGACGCCCGUGUGACCCUCACCCUGGGCAGCCUGCUGGACGACCAGCACUGGCAUACUGUCCUCUUGGAGCUCCUGAACGCACACGUCAACUUCACCGUGGACAGGCACACGCAGCAUUUCCAGGCAAAGGGCGGGUCCCGCUAUUUGGAUCUUGAUGAUGAGAUCAGCUUCGGAGGGAUUCCCGGACACAGAAAAUCAGUGGUGUUCCCACAUAAAAACUUUCACGGCUGCUUCGAAAACCUCUAUUAUAAUGGAGUGGAUAUCAUUGAUUUGUCCAAGAAACGCAAACCGCAGACCCUCGUCGUGGGAAAUGUGUCUUACUCGUGCUCACACCUUCAGAUUGUCCCUGUGACUUUUCUGAGUUCCAGCAGCUACUUGGCUCUCCCGGGUGCCUCUGGAGAGGACAAAGUGUCGGUCGCUUUCCAGUUUCGGACGUGGAACAGAGCAGGGCUGUUGCUGACCAGUCAGUUAAAACACGGGUCGGGGGCUCUUGUCCUUGUUCUAAAUGAUGGAAAACUCAAGCUGAGUCUCUCCCAGCCCGGACAUCCAUCGAGGGAUAUCACAGCAGGUGCUGGAUUAAGUGACGGGCAGUGGCAUUUGGUGUCCUUAUCAUUGAAAGGAAGUCACCUGAGUGUGAUGGUGGAUGGCGAGGCGGCCUCCGUGGCUCAUUCCUUGCGUGGACGGAUUGAUUCCGGGGACACCUAUUAUUUGGGCGGCUGUCCUGACAGCGUCUCUGGCUCUGGGUGUGGAGGUCCCCUGGGCGGCUUUCAGGGCUGCCUGAGGCUCAUCUCCAUUGGCGACAAGGCGGUGGAUCCCAUCACGGUGCAGCAGGGGGCGCUGGGGAGUUUCCGUGACCUCCAGAUAGACACAUGCGGCCUCACAGACAGGUGUUUGCCCAGCUAUUGUGAGCACGGGGGCGAAUGUUCCCAGUCCUGGGACACCUUUUCCUGUGACUGUGCGCACACUGGCUACCUGGGCGCGACCUGCCAUUCCCCGUUGUACGAGCAGUCCUGUGAAGCCCACAAGCACAGAGGAGACUCUUCAGGGCUCUACUAUAUCGAUUCCGAUGGAAGUGGCCCUCUGGAACCUGCUCUCGUAUAUUGCAACAUGACAGACACCACCGGGACCUCAGUGCAGCACAAUGGCUCACAUCUGGCCAGGGUCAAAAGCUCGGAUGGAGAAAGCCCCCACCCUGUGGCUUUCAAGUACACAGCCAGCAUGGACCAGCUCCAAGCCAUAAUCGACCGUGCGGACCAUUGCCAACAGGAGCUGGCCUUCCACUGCAAGAAGUCAAGGCUUUCGGCUCGCCACGAUGGAACCCCAGUGAGCUGGUGGGUUGGAAGAACCAAUGAAACACACACUUACUGGGGAGGUUCUCUGCCUGAUGCUCAAAAAUGUGCUUGUGGAUUACAGGGGAACUGCCUUGAUUCUCAAUAUUACUGCAACUGUGAUGCUGACCGGAAUGAAUGGACCAGCGACACAAUAGUCCUUUCCCAUAAGGAGCACCUGCCGGUCAUUCAGGUUGUGAUGAGAGACACAGGCCGACCACAUUCAGAAGCCGCGUAUGCGCUGGGGCCUCUGCUCUGCUGGGGGGACAAUUCAUUUUGGAACUCGGCUUCCUUCAACACGGAGACUUCAUACCUUCAUUUCCCUACGUUCCGCGGAGAGUUCAGUGCUGAUGUGUCUUUCUUUUUUAAGACAACAGCUCCUUCUGGGGUGUUUGUAGAGAACCUGGGGAUCACAGACUUCAUCAGGCUAGAGCUACAUGCUCCCUCGGAAGUGACCUUUUCCUUUGAUGUGGGGAACGGACGUUGCGAGGUCACGGUGCGGUCACCCACCCCCUUUAAUGACAACCAGUGGCACCACGUGAGGGCAGAGAGGAAUGUGAAGGAAGCGUCGCUUCAGGUGGACCAGCUCCCCAGCGAGACCCAAGCUGCACCUGCCGACGGGCACGCGCGGUUGCAGCUCAACAGCCAGCUCUUCGUGGGCGGGACGGCCACCAGACAGAGAGGCUUCCUGGGGUGCAUUCGGUCGCUGCGGCUGAACGGGCUGGCCCUGGACCUGGAAGAAAGAGCGACAAUGACGCCGGGCGUGGAGCCAGGGUGCCCGGGACACUGCAGCAGCUACGGACACCUGUGUCGCAACGGAGGGAGAUGCAGAGAGAGACACAAGGGUAUCGCUUGUGACUGCACCUUCUCUGCCUACGACGGGCCAUUCUGCGAAAAUGAGAUUUCUGCAUAUUUUGGAAGCGGUUCGUCCGUCAUCUACAACUUUCAAGAACAUCAUAAUCACACCUUUGGUAAGAACGCCAGCUCCUUGGCGGCUUUAUUUCAUGAGGAUCUGACGCUGACCGGAGAAAUGGCCACACUGAGCUUCCGGACCACAGGGGCCCCCAGCUUACUUCUCUACGUGAGCUCCUUCUACGAAGAGUACCUAUCAGUUAUCCUUGCCCCCAAUGGAAGUUUGCAGAUCAGGUAUAAGCUGGACAGAAACCAGGCACCUGACGUUUUUAACUUUGGUUUGAAAAACCUUGCCGAUGGGCAGUUUCACCAAGUGAAGAUUCACAGGGAAGCGGCCAUGGUCUCUGUAGAGGUUAACCAGAAUGCAAGGAGACAAGUUAUCCUGUCAUCGGGGACAGAAUUCAAAGCUGUCAAAUCCCUUAUGUUGGGCACAGUUUUAGAGCCCCCCGGCGCGGACCCGGACACGCUGCGGGCCGGCGCGCGCGGCUUCACCGGCUGCCUCUCGGCGGUGCGCUUCGGUCCCGCCGCGCCGCUCAAGGCCGCGCUGGCUGUGAAUGACCCGGGCCCUGGCGUUGUUGUCACCGUCGGCCGGAUCCAAAAAGCGUCUGUGGGGGUCCGCGCUGUUGUUCCGGGUGUGAUAGCCGUUGUGAUAUUUAUCUUGCUCUGCAUCACUGCCAUAGCUAUACGCAUUUACCAACAGAGAUGGUUGUACCACAAAAAUGAAUCGAAUAUUCCAAAACACGGAGACAAUGCCGAGACCGCUCUGAGAAGUGAGCUCAAUCUGCAAAGUACAGUCAGUGAAAGCCAGAAGGAGUAUUUCUUCUGAUGGGCAGUAGAGGCUCACUCAUGCAUGGCCCUGGUGACGCGACUUUCGGGCUGAGCCAGGGGCUCCCAGGGGAUGACGCCCCCUCUCGUGCUCUUGGGACAGACCGUGGCCGUGGGGCGCCAUCAGCUUGCUCGUGUGUGGCCCCAGGAGGCCCUGCUCAGUGCUGCUUCAUGAUCUAUUGAUGUAAAAGUGACUUCGGUGUGCUCAUUAAUCACUGUGUGGCAGUUUCUGACUGUUCUGACCUGAUCUUUGAAAAUUCAAAUGUAUUUUGCAUAAUGACUCUGGGUGUUAAGUGAGGGCAAGGAUUUGAGCUGUGGCUCUACUCGCUUAAGACGGGGACACGGACGUUUAUAAAUGUCAGAGUUGGACUCUGAUGUGCGUUGUGUGGAGGUCUGUAUUUUGCUUCCCUUAUCGAUCGCCUGCUGACGCUCGUAAAGCAGGAAGUGUUUCUCAGAUGGUGUUCGAGUGGUUUCCAUCUUCCUGCACACCAGAGCCUGGUGGCCAAAAAUGCAUUCGAGACUUGGAAAAGAACAUUUUUUGGCUGCUUGUUUUUACUAUUUGUCUCUUUUAAGUCCGUUUGCAUACGUUUUAGUGACGAAGUGCAUCUUGAAUGUCAGCUACGAAAUUCUAGUAUUCUGUUCAUUCAUGGAACAGAAAAAUGCAUAGGUAGCAAAGUGUGUAAAACAUUCUGAUCUGCAAUAUUUGCUUAUUUUACUCUGUAACUGCUCAUUUUAAUCUUUGUAAAUUAUGAUAAAGAUGACCUCAUGAUCUCCCCCAAAACAUCUAUUUUCUAACUAAACCUGUGCCCAGGUAUGAACUCUAUAUUUAACACUGCAACUGUAUCCUUCACCCAUUUCAUUUAAAUGAAAUAUAAUCUUGAAUUUAUUUCCUUCAAAUGUGGGGUGAUUAGGUCACUAUUAUUUGUUGUCCUGUGGUUCCCUUUUUUCUGAGGUGGUCACAACAAUCUGGUUUCUUACGACUGUCUUUUCAUUUACUAGGGAAGAGUCACAAUUUGGAACUAAAGCUCUCCAUUUCUUUUUCUAAAUCCUGAACUGAUCCACACAAACCCUGGAUUCCCCGAAGGUGGAAGGAUGCUUUUGCGAAGGGAGGGCGCGGGCUGUAGGAUCUGAGUUAAAUCUGGCGUUCCACUCAAGCAUCUGGGAUCUCGGGGUCCGCUUCCAUUAGAGCCCCCCAAAUCGACCAGCUCAUUUCAUAGUAGGGUAUAUUUGCAUCCGAGGGGAACAAAGAACGGACACGAACUGCGGGAAUCGUGCCAGGAACUCCUUUCGCGGCAGUGGUCACGAGAUGACUGUGUGCAGCCCACCAUUUGCACCCAACAGCCAGUUACACAAAUGAUGUGCCGCCCUCUUCAGAUGCCACUUGGCCACGUGCCUGCUGGGAAUCAGAUUGCUCCCUUUGACCCCAAUGGGACCACCUGGGACUAUACACAUUUAGCCUUGCUGUUACCUUUGAGUGCACACCUACUUUUCUGUGAUUUUUUUUAAAGAAUAGAAACAGCCUCUAUACUAAGUCUUUUCUCAAGAAAACCCCUUUUUUUGUUUCUUAGGGUUUCAUAUUAGUUUUCUAUGAGGUGUAACAAACCACCACAAUGUAGUGGUUUAACGCGACACACGUUUAGCGUCUCACUGUUUCUGUGGAUCAGGAGCUAGGCAUGAGUUUACGGUUUCCUAAAAAGCUGUAAUGAAGUGUCAGCCCGGGCUGUGUUCUCAUCUGGAGACUCAGCUAGGGAGUCCUCGUUCUUAACGGCUAUUGACGACAUUCCGUUCCGUACUUCUGGAAGAUUCACGGAAGUCUGCUUCUGUUCAGGGCUAGCAAGAGAGAGCGCUACUCUAGUGCAAGUCUGCAAAUACGAGGGAGUUUUAUGGAACAUAAAGUGAUGAUGGGAGUGACAGCCCAUCUCCUUUGCCAAAUUCUGUUGGUUGAAAGCAAGUCACAGGUCCUGCCCACGCUCAAGAGGAGGGGUUUAUGUAGGACUUGUAACCGGCAGGCUGAGAUCAUGGGGUCCCUUUAAAGUCACUCUCUACACUACUAUAUCUUUAUUGAAGUUUCUUUAAGUGAGCGAUGAAGGAUUUUCGGGAUCUCAACAUAGUAAUACAUGAGAAACCUACCUUGGUGAAUGGUAUCCAUACUUUUCGCCCAAAAGGUCUGCACAGGUCGGGGAAGGAUUCAACGCAAAAUCAUGGGCCCUGUUGCUUCUACGGAAUGCAUAGUUGAAUGUGAACAUCCUGAAAUCGUUGCAACUUUAACAGAUGAUCAUGUUGAGUUCCAAGAGAAUUCAUCACUUUGGUAGCUGGGAUUUUACAGAUUUAUAGAUAGGGCAAUCCGUUGUACUCUGCUCUCUUUUUAAAAGAGAAAACAAAAUGUUUCUACCAAAUUGCGGUGAUGUAUAAUCCACUUUACCGAUUUGUAAACGUCAACCUGCUUAUUUGUUAAUAAAAUGACAUUUUUGAAUUAAAUUAGGAAAAUAUUUUUAAGAGAAAUUGACUGGAAUUUGAAUUGUGAAUUAUAUUGUUUUUUCCCCUAAUCUAUUAAAAAAUGUGCAAAUGUC